AAAAACCCAAAGAGAGUCACACCUUGAGGAAGUUAACAAAACCACUGGAGGAGAACAAAAGAAGCUUACUAUUGAAGGAUGGGACUCGUGCAAUGUUUGGUGAUCUUCUGGAUGUUUUCUGCACAGCUGGUGCUCUCGUCUCCGCUGAACGAUGUGAGCCGGUAUUGCGAGCUUUCAGGAGGGAGAAGGUGUAAAAAGUGUCCUGCAGGUGAGUAUCAGGUGUCGUGUGCAGAGUGUGUGUCGUGUCCUGCAGGAUUUUACACACUUGACCUCAACUGUGAACAAAACUGCCACGCCUGCUCCAGAGACUGCAGCGCAGAGUCACAUCUGAAGGUGGUUCAGAACUGCAGCCGCUCGUCCAACAUGAGGUGUGUCUGUGAGGAAGGCUUCAGAUGCUCUCACCACGUCACAGAGUCAAGAAACUGCAGAGACUGUAAAAAGAUACAGGAAACAACAACAGGUAAACAACAACAACAACAUGUAAACAACAACAACAACAACAUGUAAACAACAACAGGUGAACAACAGGUAAAACACUGCAGACUUCUAAACCGUCAUAACAGACUCUACCACC